AUGGUGCUUUUCCAGAAUGGUCAGAAUGGAGGCUUCAACCAAGGAGGGCAGAUGCCCAUGAACAAUGGUGGCUUCCAGAAUGGCCAGAAUGGUCAAAAUGGAGGCUUUAACCAAGGAGGGCAGAUGCCCAUGAACAAUGGUGGCUUCCAGAAUGGUCAGAAUGGAGGCUUUAACCAAGGAGGGCAGAUGCCCAUGAACAAUGGUGGCACCCAGAACGGACAAAAUGGAGGGCUUAACCAACCACAGGGACCAGCGGAACAACAACGGUCUCAACAACGGCCAGAGUGUCCAGAAUAUGGGGCCUCCUCGCAUCGGACAAGGUGUUAUGGUCGAGAAAUUCCCCGCAAGGGGGAGUGA